AUGGAGCUGCAGCAGCACGCGGCCUCUAUGGGGCGCUGCCUCUUCUUCCACGCGCAAUACGAUGCGGCCCUGGGGGUAACCCUGGUUUUCCGCACCGCUACCGGGGAGGAGGGGUCCGCAGUGCCGCUGAGGGUCAUGGACGACAGCGGGGCCUCGUGCAACCUGAUGUCGCGUGCGUACGCUGAGCGCAUUGGCGCAGCCACGCGCCCCGUGGCGCGCCGCAUUUACGGGUCCACUGGCGGCAGCUCGUCCACGAGCACGGGCGUGGUAGCAGACCUGGUGGUCGCUGCAGGCACAGCGCAGGAGAGCAGGGUUGAGCAACAGCUAUUCCUGCUGGUUGAUGGGGUCACCCUCUUUGACGUGCUGGUGGGCAACAGGAUCACCCGGUUCGGGCCCCUGGAAAGUCACGUGGACGGGAAAACGCACCGCUACCACUACACGACCAGCCAAGGCGGCCGGGCGACCCUCCCCAUGGUGGCGUUAGACGCGGCCACGAGGGACGGUUCUGCGCAGGCAGCCGCCUCCUGGGCGGACCUGGCAGAAUUGUACGGCUGGCCCGCGCAUGCCAUGGCUGCAGGCAGCGAGUGGGAGGUUGCGCUGGCCACAGCUGCGGACAAAGGACCCCCGACGGCAGCGCCCUCAGGCGCGGACGACGAACUGCGCGCGAUCCUGCAGCUCCCGCCCGACGCCGCCUUGGAGCGUAGGCUGGCAGCCUGCGCGGCGGAGCUGAACGCACGGGACCAUUGGGCUGCCUGCAGCGCCACACCCAUCGUGCCCUACUUCGCUGCCGAGGAGGACCCCCUCACCCGGUGGGAGGCAGCCUUGGAGGACCCCAGGAUUGGGGGUACCCUGCGCGGGCUGUGUAGCGGCUUCUGGUGGGACAACGCAGUCGAGUGCCUGGAGGAGGUUGUGGUGUACGGCCGGCCUGUUUACACCCCCGCAGACGCGCCUUGCGACGUCGAGGAGCUAACCCUCCUGGGCUGGGCUCAGAACCUGGUCGAGUACCACCGCCCUGAGCUGCUGCCGCUAUGGAGCACGGAGGCAUCGCGCCUGCCGCGCCCUGUGUACCUGAGACGGCCCCUGACGGUGCAGCCGUGCGGGCCGCUGCUGGGCGAGGAGCCCCCCGACCGCCUGCCCGGCUGCGACUCGGCCCCCACCGCGCCGGCGGCUGAGGACGGGACGCAAACCGGCGCCGGGGCGAAUGCUGACCGCCUGCCCGGCUGCGACUCGGCCCCCACCGCGCCGGCGGCUGAGGUCGGGACGCAAACCGGCGCCGGGGCGAAUGCUGACCGCCUGCCCGGCUGCGACUCGGCCCCCACCGCGCCGGCGGCUGAGGACGGGACGCAGACCGUCGCCGGGGCGGAUGCUGUGGCGGCCGACGCGCCAGCAAGCGCAAGCGCAGGGACCGAGCCCGCGGGCGCUACCACGCCGUCGCCUGAGGCCAACCCCCCCAAAAGGGCGGCUGAGGGCUGGUGGAAGACCCAGUGGGGGCGUCGCCGGACGUGCUGGGAGGAGCCACAGGACGCCGUGGCCUGCUUCCUCUCUGAGGCCGCCCCAGCCGCCCGCUGGGGGGGAGUAGCGCUGCUGCUUAUGAACGUGGUGCUAUGGCACAUUCUGAGCGAGCAGUGGCUCUCCGCCAGCUUGGGGGCGGUUGCUGCCUCGGCAUGGGCCUGGCAAGGCGAAGCUUGCUUCCGCACCCUGGCGCUGCCAGUGGCACGCCUGGCGUGGCAUUGCGUCCAGAGCAGCCUGUGGGCAGCGCAGGCGGUGGAAGCCGCUCACCGCGUCCUGGUGUGGCGACCGCUGCGCUGCCUGGCCGCCGGCAUCGGGUGGUGGGUGCGGAGCGCCGCCCCUUAUUCCCUCCCGCCCAGCAGGGCACCCCCCCAGGGCCUCCUGACCCGGCAUCACGUGCGCCUGCGCAAGCGCGUGGCGCGUGUUGCGCGCGCUCCGGGCCGCCUGAAGAACAACCGUCAGAAACAUCGGGUUGCCGCCUUUCCUCGCACCCGCGCGAACGCCCCGGUACCGGCCUUGCGCGUGGCGGGCACGAGCCGACCGAGGCUUGCUUUGGCAGGGCUGACUCUCCUGGCCCUGCUUGCCGCCGGUGCCAUCGGCCUGAAUGCAGGGACUCUGUUUGCGCACACCGCCCCGUCCGCGCUGCCGGGCGCCGUCGCCGCCCUCGGGCUAGUGGGCGCCGCGCAGGGGCCCGCGGUGUGGGCCAACGCGACGGUGUCUGCUUUCGUGCCGGACGGCGCGUACCUGCCCCCGCCUGGCACCCAUUAUACCAAGGACGAUCAGUUUGGGUGGCUGUAUGGCAAUCACCGCGCGUUCACGCCUGACCACCUGGCUGAACUGCAGCAGACAGUGCGCUCCCUGAAGCACUGCUUUGCCUUUGAACUCUCUGACCUCACUGGGUACACCGGGCCCAUGGGCGACUUCCGCAUACGGCUUUCUCAUGAUCGAGCCAUCCACGAGGGCCCCAGACGUUGUUCCCCCGCCGAGCUACAGGUGCAGCUCAAGGCUGUGCGCGAGUGGCUGGCGGCCGGGUUCUGCGAGGUGUGCGUGGUUAACGGCCGAUACGCCUGCAACAUGGUGGUGGCGGCUAAGAAGGACGAGCACGGGGAGUGGACGGCUCUGCGCACGUGCCACGACCUGAGGCGCCUGAAUGCGGCUACCCUGCGGGAGGAGCACGGGCUGCACCACGUUGACGACCUGUUCCAGUGGCUAGGGGGCAAGAAGAUAUACACGAAGCUCGACCUGCGCUCGGGGUUCUAUCAGAUCCCUAUUGCGCCAGAGGACCGCGAUAAAACCGCUUUUUGGUGCGACCGCGUCCUGUACCGGUUUGUGCGCAUGCCCUUUGGGCUCAAGUGCGCCCCCAUCUUCUUCCAGCGCGCGGUGGACUGCUGCUUAGCAGAAGGCAAUUGCAUGGACUGCGCCCGCGGGUUUAUAGAUGACAUCAUCAUUGCCAGCGACACCCCCGAGGAGCACGUGCGUGACGUGGCACGGGUGCUCGAAGCCCUGAACAAGCACGGCUUGAAAGUUCACCCCCACAAGAGCGUGUUCGGGGCAGAAUGCGUCGAGUACCUUGGGCACAACGUGAGCCGGUACGGUCACUCCCCGACAGAGGCCAAAGUGGCGGCUAUCCAAAAGAUGCCCGCCCCCUCCAACGUGUCGGAGCUGCGCGCCGUUCUGGGCCUCCUGUCCUAUUACCGCUGCUACUGCCGCGAUUUCGGGGCCAUCGCUGCGCCCCUGACUGCGCUCACCGCCAAGAACUGCCGGUGGGAGUGGGGGGCCCCGCAGCACCAGGCGCUGAGCGAGCUGAAGAGCGAGAUCUGUGCGCCAGGCAAGGCGUUGCGCCCCAUUGAUUACUCCCGCCCUAUCUUCCUGCACACCGACUGGUCUUGUAAGGGCAUAGGUGCCGUGAUCGGCCAGAAGGACGCCGAUGGGCAGGAGUACAUGUGCGCAUGCAUCUCCCGCUCUCUGAACGCUGCUGAACAACGGUACGAAGCAUCCAAAGGAGAAAUGCUCGCAGCCGUCUGGGCCAUCAAACAGUUCAGACCCUUCCUGUAUGGGGUCCCCUUCACGCUGGUCACGGAUCACGCCGCGCUCAAGUGGCUUUUCACCAACCCGCACGUGACAGGGCAGUAUGCACGCUGGGCCGCCAUCAUUCAGGAGCACGAGCUGGCCAUAGAGCACCGCCAGGGGCAAGCCCACCAGAACGCAGACGCCCUCUCCCGCCUGCCGCUCCCUUGCACACAUGACGCGUCGGGCGCGCGGCUCGACCCAGAAGCACCUCUAGCAGCGCUAGCGGCCUCGAUCGUCUGCGGGGGGGGAAAUGAGCCCACUACCGGGCUUGCCCACGCGCUUGCCUUGAUGGCCGGGCCCACACACGAGCAAAUGAUGGCGGAUCCAGCAGCAGAGGCGAGCGCUGUGAUGGCUACCUGCUUGGAGCAGGCCCUGGCCACGGGCACCUCCUUUAUCGACACCUACGCCCCCACCUCAUUUAACCUCUUCAGCGGGCACAACGGCUCACUCCUCGACCUGGGCGAAGUGGAACCCUGGGCGGACGAGCCAGCCGCAAUGACAGCCAGGGAGCGUAUGCACCGCAAGGCUGCCAAGUGGGUGCGAGAGGCCAUGCAAGCGGACGCGCCGGCUCAGCCUUCGGCCCCGCUGGCUUGGCGCCCUGAGCCAGGCCCGGCAGAUGUCCUUGGAGUGCGGCCUACGAGCUCGCUCAACACCACCCCCCUUGCGCCCUCCUUCUUUGCCAAAGCCUUGGAGGAAGGGAUCGUGCUGUUCGAGCCCUUUGGGGGCUUGUGCGCGGGCCUCGAGAUGGUCCUGCGCGGGGGCGUGCCUGUGAAGCAGUACGUGUAUUGCGACAACCACCUGCCCUGCCAGGAGGUAGCGCGGCACAGGGUGGCAGCGCUCGCGGCCCGCUACCCCAGCCUGCUAUCGCUGGACGCCACCGCGCGCAUGCUCUCGAUCCCCCAGGACGUGCGCCUGAUCGGUGCUGCAGAGCUGGCGGCGGCCGGCGCACUGAACGGGUCCCAGUGGAUGGUGGUGGCAGGCUGGGAGUGCCAAGACCUGUCGGCUGCAGGCUCCGGCAAGGGGCUGCAGGGCCGGCGCUCUAGCACUUUCUACGACCUGCUGCGCAUAGUGGGCGCACUGCAGCAACUGCAGCGGAGCCGGCCGCCUGCUUAUCUGCUGGAAAAUACUCACAUGCACCAUUCUAAGGGGACCGUGCAGGCAAUCGACUACCCCGAGAUCUGCAGAGCCCUGGGGCGGCCAAUCUCCCUGGACGCCGCUCAGUGCGGGUCCUACGCCCACCGCCUGCGCAACUACUGGACCAACCUCGCCGACUCCGCGGUGGUAGCACAUGUGUUCGCAAAGGCCGUCAGGCGGGCGCCCGACCUCUACGUGGACUCCAUCCUCGAUGAAGGGAGAGUGACGCGCCCUGUCCAGUUCACCACGAGCAGCUCCCCGUCAGCGCCUUGGUAUGUGUGCAACAAGGGCUCAACGCAGAACCCUGGCAAGCGCUGUGCCCUCCCCACGCUGAUGGCCACCCAGCGGUCGUACAGCUUCAGGGAUGGCAAGGCCGGGUGCAUUUAUCAAGCCGGCACGCACCCCUUGCAGCUGGCCGAUCCCCCGGAGCCGAACGCGGACGAGCGUGAACGCGCCCUGGGGUACGAAACCGGCGCCACGGCGGCGCCUGGUGUGAGCACCGCCCAGCGGCAUCGUAUCACCGGCGGGUGCAUGGACGCCAACGCCUUGGAGCACUUGUUUGCCAUCAGCCUGUAUGUGACCCGCUGGGCCUGCCCCCCUGCCCCGCCCGAGAGCGGCCGGGUGACGUCACCAGUAGCCGCGGGCCCGGCCGGCACGCCAGCGGCCGCGCCCCUCGAGUCAUUCCAGCCAUGGAGCGACGCCGCCUCCGCCGCCCAGCACGCCCUUGCCGCGGCGGCCGAAAUUGGCGAGACGGGCCGCGACAUCUGGGAGGAUGAGGCUGCUCUGCAGUACCUGCGCUCGCGGCAGGUGCCGGAGGGCGCCACAGACGCCGAACGGCGGCGGCUGCAACGCCGCGCCCAGAAGUACACCUGGCAGUCCGGCCGCCUGUAUCGCCGCAUGGCUGACGGCUCGGUGCGCGUGGUGCCCACACCGGACCAACGGGCCGUGCUCGUGCAGCAGACCCAUGAGGGGCUGGGGCACCUGGGUACAAAGCGCACCGCAGCGCUCGUGGCCUCGAAGUUCUGGUGGCGCGGCAUGUAUGAGAACGUGACUGCGGUGGUCAGCACCUGCGAACCAUGCUCCCGCGCCAAAGCUUCCUUCAAUCAGAGCCAGCCGGAGCUCUGCCCUCUCCCAAUCAAGGGCCUCUUCUACCGCUGGGGCGUCGAUCUCGCCGGACCGUUCCCCAAAACCGCCCGCGGCCACGCUUACGCCAUGGUGUGCAUAGAGCAUUGGUCAAAGACGGUGGUCAUCACCCCAAUCCCUGACAAGGAGGCGGCGACGACUGCGUUCGCGUUUCUGCACAGCGUCCUCGCCCGAUUCGGCGCUCCCGCUGAGGUGCUCACCGACCAGGGCUCAGAGUGGUGCGAUGAGUUUCAAAGGCUGCUGACCGACACCUUUGUUGACCACCGCUCCACCAGCGCCAGCCACCCCGCCAGCAACGGCCUCACGGAGAGGGCAGUCCAGACCCUGAAGGGCGCCUUGGCAAAGCACUGCCUCGCUGAGGAAAGCACGGCCGACUGGGACAAGUACUGCGCGUGGCUCGCCCUGGGUUACAACUGCAGCCCGCAAGAGUCCACCCGCCUGGCCCCCUACCACGUCCUGUUCGGUCGCGCCCCCGCCAUUCCGGCGUCAGUCCAGGCGGUCAUCGCCGCCCCUUUGAGCUUUGACGACCCCCUGGCGGUGACGCUCGACGUAUUGCAGCGGGCCGAGGCUGUGCGCCGCGCCUGCCCCGCCAUCGACGAGAAUCUAGCCAUCGCCCAGCACAGGGACACGCAGCGGUACCAGGCGGUGCGCAGUGGCAUGUACGUGGGCGGCCAGGGCCCGCCGCUCGCUGCGGGCGACUUUGUGUGGCUCAAGCGCCACCAGACCAGCAGCACCCUACAGACAGGCACCAUGCCCCCCAUCCUCCGCGUGCAGAAGGUCUGGCCCGCGGGGAUGCUCACCCUCAUGGGCAAGUGCGGCCGCACCCUUAAGGCGCACGCCUCACACUGCGCGCGUUGCAGCCUCCCGAACAUCGACCCGACCGUCAACCCGGCUCUCCAGCCGUACGACCGCAAUUUGCAGUGCGAGGUGUGCCACAGCCCUCAGGGGGAGGCCUCCCUGCUGCUCUGCGACGGAUGCGGCCGGGGCUGGCACAACGGUUGCUUGGCGUCUCCCCUGACCGAGAUACCCCCGGCUGAGGAGGUCUGGGUGUGCCCAGACUGCCUGGCCAGUGGCGUCACAGAACUGGAGGCGGCCGGUCGCCGUGCUGCGGCCGGUCCAGAAGCCAGGCUGCCCGAGGGCGUCGUGUUCCCCAACGCCCGUGCCCGCCGAUACCUGCAAGAAUGCGCGGAACUAGAGGGUCGCGUCGUGGCCAAGCAGUUUGCUCAUCCAGUCCACCAGAAGCCCCACACCUACUGGGGCCGCGUCCACUUCCGAGGCAAGGAAGCCCGCCCCGAGUAUUUUCUGGUGAGGUACACGGACGGUGACGAGGAGACCAUGACGCUGCGCGAGCUGCGAAAGGUGUUGAAGCCCGACGGCGCCCGUAUCCCCGCUUCCGCUUACAACGAGCCCUCCCCGGCUGCGCGCCGACCGUCCCGGCGACCGCGUGGCGCCGUCGCCAACGUCACCGCCCCCACCUGGGUGGCAGACCGGCUCCACGCGGGCAUGCCCGGCACGUGGCCGCAGCCCAACCAGGACCGCGUCGCGGCCGCGGCCGAGGCGUACCUGCGUGGCGACCUACCAGCCCUGCCCUACCGCCCUGCAGCAGUGGAGCCCCUCCUGGCUGCAGUAGAUUUGCCGGCGUGUCUCACCGUCGCCGACCCCUUUGGUGACCACGCAGCGAUUGCCUCUGGCUUGACCAAAGCGGGCAUCAGCAUGGUGGUGGAUUAG